GUCACAAGCACCAUCAAAAUGGAUACCUCAAACGCUUUCUUCACAAGACGCUGCCAGAUAACCAUCUUCAAACACAGAUGUCUCCAUGACGGACAAGAAAACAGCGCGAGAUGUAGGAGUCAUCUCAGAAAUCAAUCCUGUAUCCCCGAUGUGGUUUAUUCGGGGGAAGUCAAGGAUAAAGAUUGCCCAGAAUGUGUUAUGAGAAAUUCCGGUUAUGCUUCCGACGAAAUUUACAUGAACACAUCAAAGGCUUACACCAUAACAUCAAGACGUGAUACUACGAAAGACCUAAAGCGGCCAACUUCUUUCGUCAAAAGUCUAAGUGCUAAACGAAACUCCAGGCCAAUUGGAUCAGUAGGAGAUAUGUUGGCAAGAAGCAGGGACAUCAAGUCUCAAGGUAGAAAUAGUGAAUUGAGAUAUAGAAGAGCUAUCAUGAAGUCACGCAGUGAAAAUGGAUAUAAAACAUCUGAGAAUACACUUACAAACACAGCUAUGAAGGCACCUACGAGAAGAUUGAAAAUGGCUGCAAAGAAACAGCUGAAGUCGAAGAAGAAGACAGUAGAGCCAGGAAUGUAUGAUGGAAUGGAAGAGGAAAUGGAUAUGGCAAUGGAGGGAUAUGGAGACAAAGAUGAUGUAUCGGAUCUAUCUCGCGAGAUGACUCAUCUUACAUGCGAUCACGCAAAUGAGGUGUCUGAUCUAUCUCGAAAGAUGGGUCAUCUUACAUGCGAUUAGUUGGGUUAGCUAAUCAGCUCUGGA